CGAUUUUUAAAAUUUAUGGAGGCUGAAGGAAAGCUUGAAGAAUUGGCUAGGGUUAAGUAUGCCAAUAUUAUAGAAGAGAUUGAUGUCAGUACAAGAAAGACUAAAAUGAUAUGUACUCUAGGACCUGCUACAUCCACUAAAGAGCGCAUGGUCGAACUCAUUGAUGCUGGCAUGCAAGUUGCUAGAUUUAACUUCUCAUAUGGCGAUCAUAAGACUUUCGGUGAAAUGCUUGAGAACUUAAAAGAUGCCAUGGCUGAACGCAAAGGUUGUAAUGUUUCUCUGAUGCUUGAUACCAAGGGUCCAGAAAUACGAACUGGCAUUUUAAGAGAUGCAGAGCCUGUCAAUAUUAAAGAAGGACAAGAGUUCGAUAUCCUGACUGACUUCUCCCUUGAAGGAGACUCAUCCAGACUGACUAUUUCUUACCAGGCGCUCCCAGAUACCGUCAAAGUUGGUGACAAAAUUGUGAUUGAUGAAGGCCACUUAAUCUUGGAAGUCAAAGAAUGCCUUGAAGACUCUGUGAAAGCUGUUGCCAUGAACGAUCACAUUCUCGGAGAAAACAAGAAUGUGGCAUUGCCAGGCUGCACCAUCGACUUGCCAGUUCUCACUGAGAGAGACGAAAUCGACAUUGCAGACUUCGGGUUCAAAGAACACAUCGACAUCUUGGCUUGUUCAUUUACCAGGAAAGAAUCCGACAUCGAGAAAAUAGUUGACUUCAUUGGAGACCACAGAGAAACCAUGAAGAUCUUCGCCAAAAUUGACAACAAGGAAAGUCUCGACAACUACGAAGCCAUUCUCAAAGCUUCCGAUGGUAUCAUCAUAUCGAGAGGCGACUUGUCAAGAGAAAUCCCAGCAGACAAAGUCUUUCUGGCUCAGAAGUGGAUGAUCAGUGAAGCCAAUGCUCUUGGUAAGCCUGUCAUUGUCAGCAACGAAAUCUUGGACUCCAUGGUCAAAAAGCCAAGGCCAUCCAGAGCCGAAGCUGGGGACAUCGCCAACAUCAUUGUGGAUGGAGCCGACUGCAUCAUGCUGACUCACGAGACUUCGGUAGGCAAGUAUCCAACCAACGCUGCCAAGAUGCUCGUCAAGAUUUGUUGUGAAGCCGAGAAAACCAUUCAUUACAAGAGAGUGUACGAAGAUGUCAAGAGGAGAUCCCAGACUCCGUUCAAGUUUUCAGAAACCGUUGCUUCCAACAUUGCCAGUACAGCACUUGACAUGAAGAUCGGAGUCCUCAUUGUGUUCACUGAGAAUGGCAGAGCUGCCAGGACUCUUGCAAAGUACAGGCCCAGGCAGCCAAUAUUCGUGUGUACAUCAGAUCAGAGCGUGCUGAAACAGAUGAGCUUGCUCAGAGGAGUCAUUCCGUACCACAUUGACAAGAACGAAGGCAUCGAAGACACGGUUGCCAAAGUGAUCAACUUUGCGAGAGAGCGAGCAUUUUGUCAAGAAGGAACCAAGGCCAUUGUCCAGACUUCGAGUGAGGGCACAGGGCUCAAGGACGACCCAGUCGAAGAGUGCAACAUGAUGAAGGUGUACGACAUUGACGCAGAUGGGGUAGCCAAUUAGAGAUUUUGAAAUUUCGAAUACACGAGCUCAACUUGAGACAGCAUAGAGGAAGU